CAGUUCCCACAACAGACACAACUCGGGCCGCAAACUUUGUGCACCGGGUCUAGACAGACAAACAUCCUAAUUACUUCACAUUUCAUCAAACUUUCAACUUCAAACCAAUCUUACCAUGACUUCAUCAAUCUCUCACACCAACGGGCACUCCGCCGCAACCCAUCAAAACGGUAACGGUGCUGAACACACCUCUGCUGCUAUUCCGAUAGUCGAUCCUACUGCGAUGAGACGCCCAGUCGACUCGGUCAAUGUUAAAAGCGAGCACACAAAUUAUUCUGAUUCUCACAUAUAUUCAACUUAUGAGCACCAAAAUGCCCAUGUCACCCGUACCGCUGAUGGCAAGUACGAAGUUACUCCCAUGAAGGAGACGAUCGAGUUCAAGACCGAACGGAAGGUGCCUAAAACUGGUCUGAUGCUUGUCGGAUGGGGCGGUAAUAAUGGAACUACCCUCACUGCUACCUGGCUUGCCAACAAGCACAACAUCAGCUGGCAUACCCGUGAGGGCGUACAAACCCCGAACUACAUUGGUAGUCUGGUCCGAGCCUCUACUUUGAGACUCGGUGUUGAUGCCGAAACCGGUAAAGAUGUCCAUAUCCCAAUGUGCGAUAUGCUCCCAAUGGUACAUCCCAACGACUUAGUCAUUGGUGGCUGGGACAUCAGCGGAAUGCCAAUGGACCAAGCUAUGAGACGUGCCAAGGUGAUGGAGUGGGACUUACAACAACAACUCCAACCUCUUAUGAGUCAGAUGGUCCCAUUGCCCUCCAUCUAUUACCCUGAUUUUAUCAACGCCAACCAAGAAGACCGAGCUGAUAACGUGCUACCAGGUGAUAACAAACAAGCUCAUCUAGAUAAAAUUCGUAGCGACAUUCGAGAAUUCAAGACUGCUAAUGAUCUCGACAAGGUCAUUGUCCUCUGGACUGCCAAUACCGAACGAUACUCGGAAUUAAUUCCGGGUGUCAACGACACCGCCAGCAACUUGGAGCAAGCGGUGGCACAAAACCAUGACGAAGUUUCUCCCUCGACCGUCUUUGCGAUGGCUUGUAUCUAUGAAGGCGUGCCUUACAUCAAUGGUGCCCCUCAAAAUACGUUUGUGCCGGGUUGUAUGGAGUUGGCGGAGCAGUAUGGUGGCUUUAUUGGUGGUGACGACUUCAAGUCUGGUCAGACGAAGAUCAAGAGUUGCCUAGCAGAAUUCUUGGUGAACAGUGGGAUCAAGCCUCUCAGCAUUGCUUCGUACAACCAUCUGGGUAACAACGACGGCAGAAACUUGAAUGCUCAGAAGACUUUCCGCAGUAAGGAGAUCAGUAAAAGUAGUGUGGUGGAUGAUAUGGUGGAAGCCAACCACUUGCUUUACAAACCGCUACUCGAAGCACCCAAGGGUGAAAAGAUGAUCGAGGGUGGAAAGCAAGGUCGCAAGACCGAACACCCGGACCAUUGUGUGGUCAUUAAAUAUAUGCCUGCCGUCGGAGAUGAUAAAGUAGCCCUCGAUGAGUAUUAUAGUGAGCUAGCAAUGGGUGGGCGCAACAAGCUUGUGAUCUCGAACACUUGCCAAGACUCGUUACUUGCUAUUCCACUGAUCUUUGAUCUCGUCAUUCUUACUGAACUUUUAACCCGAGUUCAAUGUCGUAAGCAAAAGACUGAGGGUGAAUCGAAAUAUGAAAACGUUUACUGCGUUUUGUCUUUGUUAAGCUCAAUGCUCAAGGCUCCAUUAGUAAAGCCCGGAACGGAUGUGGUUAAUGGGGCAGCCAGACAAAGAGCUGCUAUUGAUCAUUUCUUGAGAGCCUUGAUUGGAUUACCAGCCUUAACGGAAUGGGAGCAAUCCAAGGUGUUGAUCUCUUGAUUGUUUCCUUUGAUAGUUUUUCUUUUUUAUACAUCACAGAAACAAAACUUGUUCUGUUGUGAGCGUUCAGUGUCUCUGUUGUUCACAAGCUACCUGUGAUGAUCACUUUUUCUAUCCGUGCUAUCAACUUUUUUUAUCCCGUCUUUUCGUGUAGUUUUGAUGCAUUAUGAUUAAUGUUAACAAAGCAAAUGAAACCUCAAACCUGCCCCAUGC